AUGCCAGAGGGCAAGGGUCAGGUAAAAUACGCUGUUGUUGCCGUAGACUACUUCACCAAAUGGGUAGAAGCCAAAGAACUAGCGACGAUAACGGCAGCCAGAAUCGAGGAUUUCGUUUGGACAAACAUUUGCUGCCGAUUCGGCAUCCCCUACGCGAUCGUCACGGAUAACGGCAGGCAGUUUGAUUCGGAAGUUUUCCGGCAAUUCUGCAAACGACUCAAGAUCAACCUGUUCUUUGCUUCGCCAGCACACCCCCAAUCGAACGGACAGGUCGAAGCCAUGAACAAAAUUGUCAAGAAGCUGUUGAAACGGCAGCUUGACAAAGCCAAAGGGGCAUGGCCAGAAAAGCUUCCGGAGGCGCUAUGGGCCAUACGGACAUCUUACCGAACGGCAACUGGGGGAAACACCAUUCUCCAUGGCUUUCGGUUCAGAGGCAGUAGUCCCAGUAGAGAUCGGAGAGCCCUCCUACCGAACGGAAACCUUCGCACCGAAGGCAAAUGA